AUGUCUCAGAUAGCACAAGAAAUGACAGUGAGCUUAAGGAACGCCAGAACACAAUUGGAUAUGGUCAACCAGCAGCUAGCAUAUUUGGAUAGACAAGAAAAGCUUGCUGAAUUGACAAAGAAAGAACUAGAGUCUUAUCCAACAGAUAAAGUAUGGAGAUCUUGUGGUAAAUCGUUCAUCUUGCAAGAGAAGUCCAAAUAUGUCAGUGAUUUAUCGCAUGACGAAACGGUUCUCCUGGAUCAAAGGAAAACAUUAAAAAUAAAAAAGAACUAUCUAGAAACUACUGUUGAAAAGACAAUAGACAAUCUAAAGGCAUUGAUGAAAAAUUAA